AUGGAUUACAAGAAUUUAUUCAACGUUGAAAAUAAGGUUGUUUUGGUGACCGGUGGCUCUCGAGGUAUUGGUGAAAUGAUUGCUACUGGCUUUGUUUCAGCAGGCGCCAAAGUGUAUAUCUCUAGUCGCUCCGUGGAGGCAUGCGAGAAGGUAGCAACUGAAUUAAAUGCCAAAGGUCCUGGAAAAUGUAUUUCAUUACCUGCAGAUCUUCAAAAGGCGGAUGAGGUAAAACGUUUGGUGCAAGAGCUAUCAGAGAAAGAGGAUCAUUUGGAUGUGUUGGUCAAUAAUGCUGGCGCUACGUGGGGCGAGAGUUUUGUUGAUUUUCCUGAUGAAGCAUUCGAUAAAGUCCUAACACUGAACUUGAAGCGAGUUUUUACUCUAACACAAGCUUGCUUUAACUUGCUAUCUGCAAGAGCAUCUACAGAAAAUCCUUCUUCGGUCAUCAACAUUGGUUCAGUUGAUGGCAUUAGAACGCCUGCACAAGAAACCUAUGCUUAUUCUGCUUCAAAGGCUGGUCUUCAUCAUCUAUCAAGACAUUUGGCUGGUCGCUUAGGCUAUGAUGGGAUUACAGUAAAUACCAUCGCUCCUGGACCAUUUCAAUCCAAGAUGAUGAAGGCUACAUUGGAUGCAUUUGGUGAUAUCAUUGUAGCCAAAGUUCCUGUCUCAAGAAUUGGCAGUGCUGAAGAUAUCGCUGGUACUUGCAUAUAUCUUUCUUCGCGCGCGGGUCAGUAUACCAAUGGUGCCCUGAUUACUGUUGAUGGUGGCGUAACAGUCAACAAUUUUGCUUCAAGCCUUUGA